CGCCAUCUUGGGAGAAGUUAUGGUUAGCAGUUGGUAGGCUUAGGUGUUAUAAAUUUGUUUUAACAUUUACUGAGGGUGCAAUUUGUUAAAAUACAGUAACGGUAUUAAAGAAAGUUUUAUAAUUUUUGACUAUUCUUUCUGGUGCAUUUCAUAAUAGAUUAUGAGUGACAUUGAUCCUUCAAAAUUAAAAGUCGUAGAGCUUAGGGCAGAACUUCAAGCUCGCGGGCUCGAUACGAAAGGAAACAAAGCAGUACUCGUUAAGCGUCUGAAAUCUGCCCUGAACCACGAAGAAAAAGAUGACAGUAUUGAUGCUGGUGAUGAGAUAUCAACAGAUGGAGAUACAUCACUUGACAAUUUGACAACAGAGAAUACGGGGGAGGAGUUGAAUGAAAGUGAAGCUAAGGAACAAGUGGAGGAAGUGACUCAGCAGACAUUAACAGAAACCACACUAGAAACAGAAAGUGAGACAACUCCACAAAAUGUGGAUCAGCAGUCAGAACUAACAAAUAACCAGUCAUCUUUACAACCAGAUAACGAAAAAACAAAUAACGAGUUAACUUUACAGUCAGAUAGUGAACUAACAAAAAAUGAGUUAGCUUUACAGUCAGAUAGUGAACUAACAAAAAAUGAGUUAGUUUCACAAUCAGAUAGUGAACUAACAAAAAAUGAGUUAGUUUCACAAUCAGACAGUGAACUAACAAAAAAUGAGUUAGUUUCACAAUCAGACAGUGAACUAACAAAAAAUGAGUUAGUUUCACAAUCAGACAGUGAACUAACAAAAAAUGAGUUAGUUUCACAAUCAGACAGUGAACAAGAGAAAUGCAAGUCAACUUCACAGGUGGACACAGAAAGACAUGAAGAAAAGGAAAAACAAGAAACAGAACAAUCAGAUAACCAAAAUGCCCCCCAACUUGAAAGUGAACAACCUGUUAUCAAGGAAGAACCAGAAGAUACUGAAAUUAAACAAGAAACUCCAGAAGAUAAUCAGAAAGGUGAUGCAGGAUUUAAAGAUAUCAAACAGGAACCCAUGGAAGAAGGUGAACAGAAACAUGGGGAGAAACGGAAAAGGUCUGGAUCACCAGAAGCUAAACAUAGAUACAGAGACAGAUCAAGAUCACGAUCACCUCGACAACGAAGGCAUUCUCGCUCAAGAUCACGUUCCUACGAACGUCAUAAGAAGCAUUCCCGUGCUCGAAGGAAUAGAAGUCGAUCCAGAUCUCCACGUUCUCACCAUCAACGCUUUCGAUCACGCUCAAGAUCUCAUUCUCGUGAUAGGCAUCGCAGACAUUCCCAUGAGCGCAGCCAUCGCAGCUCGCCAACAACUAUAAAAAGAGAAGAGCAAGAAGAAACUUUUGAUGACUCUCUUGUAGCACUUGACACUUAUAAUUCUGAUCUGACAUUGGUAAUCGACAAGUCUCGUUACUCUGCCAUUCCAUUUACAGAAGAAGGUUUUGCUUUCAUGUGGUCUGGUGUUAGAGCCACGUAUGGUAUAACAUCUGGAAGAAUAUGCUUUGAAGUGAAAGUAAAAAAACAUCUUGAUGUUAGUCAUCUACCCCCAGAUGAAAGCACACCUCAUGUGAUUCGUGUGGGUUUUUCUGGUAACUUACAGUCUCUCCAGUUGGGUGAGGAACCUAAAUCAUAUGGGUAUGGUGGAACUGCUAAAGCUUCUACAAAUUGCAAGUUUGUGGACUAUGGGACUCCGUUUGGUGAAGGGGAUGUUAUCACUGGCUUUCUUAACAUUGAUUCCAGUACAGUAGAGAUAUCCUUUGCCAAAAAUGGAGUCCAUCAAGGAAUAGCCUAUAGUGUUUCCAAAGAAGAACUUGGAGAUAUAGCUCUUUUUCCCCAUAUUUUGACAAAGAAUUGUUCUUUUGAUGUCAACUUUGGACAAAUGGAAUCACAAUUUUCCCCACUUCCUAAUGGUUAUGAAGAUUAUACAUUUAUCAGCUGUGUACCUAUAGAAAACCGAGUCAGAGGAUCCAAAAGACCAGAAAAAUUUCAAGACUGUGAAAUGAUCAUGAUGUGUGGUCUUCCUGCUUGUGGUAAAACAACUUGGGCCUUAGAGUACUGUCUUAAGCAUCCAGAGAUGAAAUACAAUGUACUUGGGACAAACAACAUUAUUGAGAAAAUGAGGGUGAUGGGUCUUCCCCGUAAACGUAAUUAUGCAGGAAGAUGGGAUGUUCUUAUUCAGAUGUCAACAAAGUGCUUGAACAAGAUGAUGCAGAUAGGUUCUCAACAGAGACGCAAUUACAUUUUAGAUCAGACCAAUGUGUACCCCUCGGCUCAGAGAAGGAAAAUGCGUCCUUUUGAAGGGUUCAGGCGUAAAGCUGUUGUGAUAGUACCUCAUGAUGAAGAGUUCAAAAGGAGACGUGAGAAACAAGAAAAAAAGGAAGGCAAAGAUGUUCCUGACUCUGCUGUUUUGGAAAUGAAAGCAAACUUUGAACUUCCUAAUGUUGGGCCAUUAUUUGAUGAGGUGAUUUUCACUGAUCUUCCAAGAGAAGAGGCUGAAAAACUUGUGAGGAAGUACAAUAGUGAAGGCCGAGCUGCAGUAGGUCCUCCUCAGAAACGCUUCCGUCCAAAUGAUCAGUCUCCAUCACGAGGGUCACCAGUAGGAAGAGGUGGUUAUCGAGGAGGUCCAAGUCAACCAAAUCGAGGAUGGCAAGGAUCUUCCCCUGGUGGCCAAAUGAGAGGCAAUCGCUCUCCUGGAUAUGUAGGAAGAGGUUUUUCUCCCAGGAGUGGUAGCCCAAUACCCCGGGGCCCUCCAAGGAAUAUUACACCCAGCAGAGGAACGCCUCCACCUCGUGUGUCUUAUCGAGGGUCAUCUAAUUACAGAAGUGGAUCAUAUGGUCGAGGUGGGUCAACGCCACCUGCCAGACAUUACUCUCAGUCAAGCCAAAGCAGCAGCAAUUAUGGAUCUAACAAUCAUUAUGGUCAGCAUUACAACUACAACCAGACAAGGUGGGGAGGCUCUUCACAAGGAGGUAGUAAUCAAAGCUAUAGCCAAGGGUAUAGUCAAACUCCUCAAUACAGCCAGACAUCACAAUAUAACCCGUACCAAACUCAGCAACCUCAACAGAAUCAGUCGUUGAACCAGCAGUGGAGUCAGUAUUACCAGCAAAACCCUUCAUCAUACCAGCAGUACUACAAUCAAUAUUAUGGUCAGCAGCCAUCAUAUGGUAGUUAUGGAAGUUAUGGACAGUCUCAGGGCCAACAGCGAAGAUAAAUAUUCUUUUUUGUACACUUCAUCCAUCUUUAAAUGUCCACACAUGGAGUUAGUUUUAUCUGGUAGACCUGGAUCAUACACAUUAUUAAUCAUCCUUUUUAUUGUAUUGUGUGUUUAUCUACAAAUAUUUCAUUCAGAUCAUUCUUAAAAAUUAAUGAGAAACUACAGUCCAUUGAAUUUUUGUAGGAAUGACAGUUAUGUUUAGUAAAUAAUGGCAUAAUGGAUAGAUUUUGUUAUAAUUUUGGGUACUUUUUCAGUUAUGACUUGUUAUAGUUCUGUGUGAUUGUCAAACAUGUUAAGGAUUUUGUUUCCUCUAUUAAUUUCUAUUCCUUGACAUAAAGAUGCAAGAGUAUAAAAUAGCAAUGUUUAUGUCUUCUGGGCAGCAUCAUUGGCAGAAGGCUCAGAAAAAAAACAUUUUUUGCAUUUGGUUGUCUUUCACAAUUUUUAGCUAGUAUAUGAGAAUGUAUUUAAUCACAUAUGGUUUCAUUGGUGUCAAGCCAUGCAUUAGUAGAAGCAAGGAUGUAAUAACUCGAGAGAUUAAACUGUAAUUUUUGACUCUGCAAGAAGUGGUAGUGUUUUAUGUGUAUGUUUCACAAGAUUUCUGACACAAGUGUUAGGUGUUUGUAAAUCCUUACAUUCAUACAUGUGACAUUCCCAAGUUUUUUGUUUGUAUUAGUUGAAAAUCAAUAAAUGGAUCCAUUUUAAAUGUGGACUUCUCAUAUUGGGUUCUUAGUCAUAUGUCUUUAAUCUUAAUUAUAAAAUCUAGAACUGUAAUAUUAAAUUGUCAAUACUUUUUAUAUAUGAAAAGUAUUUUGGGGGUAGAGUUAUAUGAAAGUAUUUUUGAUGCCAAAUUUUCAUUUUGUAAUUACUGUUAGCAUUCAAAGGUGUGGAUAAAGCACUGCACAACAGCAUAGCAUGGUUUAUUCAAUAUACAGAAUUAUCUAUAAAUGUGCAUUGAGUUGUCACUAAAACUAUUUUCAUAAACACCGACAUGAAGCUUUGUAAUCAAAGAGAACUUUUUCAUAUUUUAAUGAUUAUUUUAGAUGAAAAAACAUUGUAAAAUAACACUUACUAGGUUGUUAAGAAGUGUUAUGGAAACAACCUGUAUUUAUAAGCUUUAAAUGGAUUGUAAUAUAUUAUUGACAGAGGUUUCAGACUUGCAUAAAUUUAAAAUCAUAAAACACAAGAUAUAUAAUUUGCUUCUGUUUCAACUUUUUUACUGACAGGGCUUUCUUAGAUUUACUUAUGCUUACCAGUUUCCUCCUUGAGUUUUAUAUCGUACUCUGAAAGGAAGAUGGUCUUCAUGCAGGCUUCCUUUUACAUUAUAUUCUUUUGUAAUGAUUGCUAUUCAAUAGUUCUGUUUAAAUAUGGAGUACAGCAGAUUUUAAGGUGAUUUGUUAACAUCAUGGUUUUGUGUUGUCUGUUUAAAGAUCACCUUAUGUGUAUUUUCAGAGUGAUGUUACAUAUUUGUAAUUUUCAGUAAAAUACACAGUUAACUUUUUUAUUUAUUAACCACAAGCUUUCAAGAUAUUUCACAAGCUUGGCUUCAGAUGGGAGUUUUUUUUUAUAUUUCAAAUGUACUUUAUUCUUCUCAUUUAGUGCAAUGCCAGUGAGGAAUAUGUUUAUUAUAAAACAACUAACUGUUCAGAAACAGCACUUAACAGCAAGUAAAUAUUGUAAAGUAUUCAAUAUAUAUGGUAUUUGUCUUUUAUAUCAGAUUAGAAUGUAUGUUCACUGUAAAAAAUUACACAACAGUAGAAAGUUUACAUCAGGUACUUAUCACAGUUUACCUUCCGUUUGGUUUGAAGUAAGAUUUUAUUACAAAAUAAAGAUAUAAAAAGUGAAAAAAUAAGGAGCAAAUUUGGAAGCUAAAAAAGACCCUCGAAAAAAUUGGAGUAGAUUUACAGUAUAAACUGACUCAGCAAUGUGUCAAUUUUUAAAUUAAUUAACUCAUCCCUGAAGAUAUAUAGUUUUGAGGGAAUGGUACCAGUAUAAUUAAUCAGUUUACAACUCUAGUCAGUAUGUAGCACUAAAGUAAGUUUUUUGUUGUAAGUAGAGAAUAUUCCUCCUCCCCCCUCUCUCUCUUGGUGUUAAAAAAUGCAAAUUACUCAAAAUAUGUAGAUGAUUACACAGUGUUAUGCUUCAAAGUUUAGUAAUUAUGUCAUGUGCCACAGGUCUCAAGUGCUAUGUUUUAGUGUGGUAUUUUCCUCAUGUCGUUACUUUGUGUAGGCACAAUAAUAUAGAAGUACGUCUGAUCUCUACAUAACAUUAUCAUUAUGAAGGGAUGAUUGUUUUAACAAGUUUAACUGUAUAGUUACUGCGAAGUAUUUAAAGAGAUUGUUUACCUGAAUAUUUAUAUUUAAGAGCUGUUAUUGCUCAAAAUUUCCAUUCUGGGCUGUUGUGUUUCUUACUUCAGUUGCAAGUGUAGUGUGUGAUAUUUUCUGGAAAUGAAGUUUAAAUUGAGACUGGAUGAGAAUUAUAUUUGGUAAAUAAAUAGAUAACUGCUCAAUUCAUAUAGAAACAUCGUAAUAACCAGUUUUUGUACAGAAAUACAAUUGUACCGCUGUUAGGUUAUAGUGAAUUUAUAGAAAAUAUGUUUUGUUUUUUACUUUAACAGCAGUAAAGCUAUUUAUAAA